AUGAUGAGCCAUGUGGAUAUCCAGAGAUUUGUCGUCACAAGUAACAUCGAUGACCUUGAGAAGCACUUUAACGAGCGAAAAGAACUGAAUGGGGUAAAUGAGUUUUUACAAAACGAGGUCGACGCAGCAUUGAGAAAGCGAGUCGUUGACAUUGUCAAAAGCGGAUCGGUGGACGAAUUGAGGACGUUGAUCGCUUUUGCUUUUCAAACAUUGAACAAAGGUUUCUGCACGCGUCCGACUCCGCUUCAAUGUAUGGCCGAUGCAUUCGACUUCUCGAAUGUUGCGAACUGCGAAAAGUAUUUUGCGAUUGUGGAGGAAAAUCAGGAGGCUCUUAAAAAGUUGGAUACAGUGCCAAUGCUUCGAACCUGUAAUGAUCUACUGAAGCGACUAUCAAGAGCGACAAAUGCAACGUUUUGCGGAAGAAUUUUGUUCUUUUUGAGCAGAUUUCUCGCUCUUUCGGAGAAGUCCGGCCUAAACAUCACCGGUCAGUUCAACACGACGAAUGAAACAUUCUUCGAGAAUCUCCUCGCCGAUGCCCAAUCUGGAAGCAAAAGUGAUGAGAAAGAGAGCACUCGUGAAUCAGUGGAUCCAGCUUUUUACACAAACUUUUGGAAAAUGCAAAGUUUCUUUUGUAACCCACACAAAUGCUUCGAGAAACUGGAAUGGGGCAACUUUCGACAAUGUCUACAUGAAGUUCUCAUUUACUUUGCUUCACACAAAUUAGAAAAGGGAAGCAAACAUCGGAAGAGAAGGAAGGAGCAAGGCUGGUUUGAUGAACCGGAUCUCUAUUUUGCCAAAUAUUUAACGAGUACGAAGUUGUUUGCUCUACAAAUAGCCGAUUCUCAAUUCAGACGCUCAUUUUUGGUCCAAACACUCAUCAUUCUUCAGUAUUUACUUGCCGAUGUUAAAUUCAAAGCAUCUAAGAAAGAAGCUAUAUUGACAGAAGAUCAGCAACGUUUUGUGACGGAAAUGCAAGAGAAAUGCUACCGGUUGCUGCGUGAAACGUACCCCAAUGGACAACAUUUCUCCGAUUCGUUGAAGAAAAUCUUGCAACGAGAAGAAGAAUGGUCGAAGUGGAAAAACAAUGGAUGUCAGGAUUACUCGAGUCGCCGGAUUCUGGCACCAAUGAGAAAAUUUGCAAAGCGACCGCCGCCACCAAUAAGCGAUACGCUUGAUCUCGGCAAUGCGGAUUUAAACAAACUAUGGAAGGGAAAUGAUGUGUCGUUGCUCGAAUUUUGUCAACAACCACAACGUGAUUUUACGCCAUUGUUGAAAAACUUUUUGCAAGAUCCGUUGGACGAAGGGGACCCUGACCAGCAAGUCGAGGAACAAUACAAGUCCAUUUACGAUUCGGGUUUUCAGUGGAGAUGCUCUCGUCUAUUAUCAUCUCAAGCCAAGGAAUAUUUAUCGUCAAGUAUUACACAGAAGCACUACGACUCGAUUCCGAAGUUCCUCGACAAUGUCAUCGUGAAGACGGCUCAUGAAAUACCAGAGCUACAUGAGCAAUUGGAGAAUCGUGAGCGUAUUCAGAGGGACAGGUUGCUGCAAUCGAUGAAAAGUCGCUUAAAGCAAGAGCCAAAAGAUGAUCAAGAAUCUGCGCCUUUCCUCGAUGAGCAACAACUCAAGAAAUUGUGCGAUGAAUUGUCAUCAAAGUGGACAGAACUUGCGACGGCACUCGAUUUGACAAAUGAGAUGCAGACGAAAUUGAUGGACAACAAAAAGAAUCCCGAUUUCUGUGUGCAAGAGUUGAUCCUUCAAUGGAGCGAAAUUCAAGCUGAAAACAACGCGGGCAGUUGCAUUCCAGAUCUCUUGCAAUUCUUGAGGGAGCACGAAUUGUUAACGGAUAAUAUCGAAAAUAUAUUAAAAGGAACCUGCGAAAAUGGUGCCUCGAAAGCUGUAAUGGAAGAA